UCUAUAAAUUUGAUAUCACAAAAUUUUGUAAUAGGCAGCCCAACCACGAAGAAAAUUUCAACCCAGUAGAUCACACCUUGUCCUGAAAUUCUCGCGAUAUAUUGUCGGUGUAUAGACAACUGAUGCCACCGAAAUGUAACUGCGACCGAUGAACUCCCAAUCCUAAGACGUCGCCACGAGAGCUUUUACCACCGCAAGAUAGCCGCCACGUGGGGGAAAAGUUGGGCCCGGUCAGACAUUAACUGAGUUGGCUGGCAUUUAUUGGUAGAAAUUGAGUUAACCAUAGAGUGCAGUCAAUAACUAACCCUAGUCAACAAAUCUUUUUAGAUUCGUGAACUAUGGUUAAAAGGUGCAUCCAGUGGUGUACGGCUCGCGUUGUCUCUCUCGCUUGCUCACGUUGAAAAAAGCAUAGCCAACUACGCGGCGUUAAAUUCUCCUUUGUAAAUCUGUUUUGUCUCUAAAUUUUUCUCUUUCUUCUUUCAUUCUUUUGAUUGGCUUAUACUUGAAGGCAGGCGCGGGUGUCAACACCCAGUCCACGGCAAUUUCUUGCCGGAAAAGUUAUUAGAUCGCCGGGGAAGAGAAGGAGUUUUUUGGGUUCUUUUUUUUUGGGAAAAUUAGUUUAUUAUUCGUUUGAAUUGGUUAAGUACUUAAGUCGUUAAGAGUUUCGUUUGAGGAAAAAAUUGAUCUCUUUGAUUGAUCUUGAAUUAUUUUGUUGUAUUUUUGGAAGUUUUCGGAUCUCAAAGAUUCUGUUAGGUGUCAUUUUUUAGAAAAGAAAGGGAUUUUUUUUUUUUUGAGGUGGAUACUAAAUUUGAUGCAAAUUUUCUGAAAAUCGACCUACAUUGAUCGAAUUUCAAAGGAACAAAACGGCGGCGUAUUGGGGGGAUGAUGAACAGGGUGGAGAUUGAGGUUAUUGCUGGAAAUGUGCAGUGUUGAAGGGAAAGGUAAAAAAGUAGGGAUAAGAAUGGGGGUAGUCAAAGGGGGAGGAGGCGGCGAAGGGGAGAGAGUGGAGAAGUUGAAGGGCUCGAGAAUGAAGCUGUGGAUGAUACGCGCCACCACAUCGGUGUUGCUUUGGACUUGCAUCGUACAGUUAACGGCCAUGGGAGAGACGUGGGGACCCCGUGUUCUUAAAGGUUGGCCUUCCUGUUUUUCUCACCAGGAUUCCUCUGUUUCCGUUAUUGAAGACCAAGCCCCCUCCGUUCCCGCCCGUGUCCUUCCUCCCAAAAGGGUAUAUAAGAACAAUGGUUACUUGAUGGUUUCAUGCAAUGGAGGUCUCAAUCAAAUGCGAGCAGCUAUUUGUGACAUGGUUACAAUUGCAAGAUAUUUGAAUGUCACACUUAUUGUCCCGGAGCUGGAUAAAACAUCCUUUUGGGCUGAUCCAAGUGAAUUUCAAGAUAUAUUUGAUGUGGAUCAUUUCAUUACAUCGCUGAGAGAUGAGGUUCGUAUAUUGAAGGAGUUGCCUCCUAGGCUUAAGAGGAGAGUGGAAAUGGGGAUGGUAUAUUCCAUGCCACCGAUUAGCUGGUCUGAUAUAUCCUACUAUCAUAACAAGAUUCUUCCUCUAAUACAAAAGCAUAAAGUUGUACAUUUGAAUAGAACUGAUACACGACUUGCCAACAAUGGGCAGCCUUUAGAUAUUCAGAAGCUGCGAUGUCGUGUAAAUUUUAGUGCUUUGAGAUUCACGUCUCAGAUUGAGGAGUUGGGUAAACGAGUUAUUAAGCUUCUGAGGCAAAAUGGUCCUUUUAUAGUACUUCAUCUUAGAUACGAAAUGGACAUGUUAGCAUUUUCUGGCUGUACCCAAGGUUGCAACAAUGAGGAAGUGGAGGAGUUGACAAGAAUGAGAUAUGCUUAUCCCUGGUGGAAAGAAAAAAUAAUAAAUUCUGAUUUGAAAAGGAAAGAUGGUUUGUGCCCUUUGACGCCUGAGGAAACUGCGCUUAUUUUGAGGGCACUGGAUAUUGAUAACAGUUACCAAAUCUAUAUCGCAGCUGGUGAAAUAUAUGGUGGAGAGAGGAGAAUGGCAAGUCUUGCUGCAGCUUAUCCAAAAUUGGUUAGAAAGGAGACUCUGUUGGAGCCAUCAGACCUUAGAUUUUUUCAAAAUCAUUCAUCCCAGAUGGCAGCAUUAGAUUAUCUUGUUUCAUUGGAGAGUGAUAUUUUUAUUCCUACGUAUGAUGGAAACAUGGCUAAAGUUGUUGAAGGCCAUCGUAGAUGUCUGGGGUUCAAGCAGACAAUUUUAUUGGACAGAAGGCUUUUGGUUGAUCUGAUAGACCAGUACAACAGUGGAUCUCUAAGCUGGAAUGAGUUCUCAGAUGCUGUUAAGGAAUCUCAUGAAAGUCGCAAGGGGCAACCAACACAAAGGUUGGUGAUUCCUGACAGGCCUAAAGAAGAGGAUUACUUCUAUGCCAACCCAGAAGAAUGCUUGCAACCAUCAUAUGGUCAACUGAGUAGCACGUGAUCAUUCUAUCUGCGGAUUUUGACAUUUAUCAAUGCUUUUUCUAUAGCGCUAGGCACCACACCUGAAACCAAAAUGUAGUUUCUCUACACAAGUAUGACGACAAUGAAGGGUUUUCUUCAAGGAGGCAUUUGUGGAGAUGAUUGGGGACAGUAGAAGAAAGCCUGAGAGGAUCUUGAGAAGCAGCUGGAUGAUACAAAAUUUUAAUAUAUGCAAAUAAUCAGAAGAAUGUAUAGAAGAGCUGCCCUGCUGUUAUAGGGUAAUGUCAGAUCAAAAUGUGUUAGUACACCAGGGAUGCAAGUAUAAAUUUGGAUUAUCGAGACUGGAUUCAUGGAAGGUUAAUACCUCGCCCUUCCCUCUUGCAAAUUUUUUUUCUUGUUUUUUGUUUCUUUUUGAACGCUUUACGAUCUAGCUAGUUUCUAAGCAUACAUCACAUUCUAGAAUUCAUCUUGUCACACCGAACACAGAUCAUUGUAUUUCUUUUAGCAUGGCCCCAUCAAUGCAGGGAAUGGUUGAAAGCAUUGAAUAUUAACUUUACUGCACUAAUCUUGUAAAUUAAAUGCCCUAUACGGAAGACAUUUCGGGUUGAGUGA